CCUGCUGGCAGAUUGGCCAAGGGUUGAGUUACAGAGGGAUGAUGACCUGACUGUCCUGCCACAGGAUCCCUGCACAGCGUCUGUUCAUGAAGACAGCCAGUUCUCUUCCCUCACUCCUAGAUCGUUCCCCCAGCUCCUUUGAAACUACGGGAUCCACAAAGCCGGCAUUAAUUGAAAACUGGGAGUGAAUUAGAAAGGGCUGGGAAGCACAAUUUUGGAUCUACUCAGCUGUUGAGGCACAUGGAGCAAGGCAGGAGAUUCAUCCCAGGUAGGAUAGAGACAACCGGCAGACCACAGCAGCGGGAGAGGCAGAUGAAAGUUGUUCUUCAAAGAUAUCUAAGAGUAGGAAUGUCUGUUUACCAGUAGUCCUUGUAUAUUCUCACUUUUAUAAGAUGAUGGUCAUCAUGCGCCGAUUCUUGAAGCGCCUUUUUGGAUACAGCUACUGAAGGUUGGUUUCAAGGAGUCAGACUCUAACGAGAGACCAGGGAUGGCAAUCGCAGACAACAGCAGCAGUGGCAGUUGCUUGAUUGAUGACUCCUUUAAGUACAACCUGUACGCGGCUGUCUACAGCGUGGUCUUUGCUCUCGGGCUGAUCACCAACUGUGCCUCCCUUUUUGUCUUCUGCUUCCGCAUGAAGCUCCGCAAUGAGACCACCGUUUUUAUGACCAACCUGGCUGUCUCAGACUUGCUUUUCGUCUUCACCCUGCCUUUCAAGAUCUUCUACAACCUGAACCGCCACUGGCCCUUUGGAGAUGAGCUUUGCAAGGUGUCAGGAACAGCCUUUCUCACCAAUAUCUAUGGCAGCAUGCUCUUCCUUACCUGCAUCAGUGUGGACCGCUUCCUGGCCAUUGUCUACCCUUUCCGUUCUCGUUCCAUAAGAACCAGACGCAAUGCCGGGAUUGUGUGUGCUGGGGUCUGGUUGCUUGUCCUGGGAGGUGGGAUCUCUGUUUCUUUCUUCUCCACCACCAAUGUGUCCAACACUAGCACCACCUGCUUUGAGGGCUUCUCCAAGUCAACCUGGCGGACAUACCUGUCCAAGAUCACCAUCUUCAUUGAGCUGGUUGGCUUUCUCAUCCCUCUGCUCCUCAACCUGGCUUGUUCUUCAAUGGUACUCCGGACGCUACGCAAACCUGCCACCCUCUGCCAGAUUGGAACCAACAAGGAGCGUGUACUCCGGAUGAUUGUGGUGCACGUGGCUAUCUUCGUGGUCUGCUUCGUUCCCUACAACUCAAUCCUCUUCCUUUACGCCAUGGUGCGCUCCCAGGCAGUGGCCAGCUGUAGACUGGAGAGGUUCGUCCGGACCUUUUACCCCAUCACACUCUGCAUCGCCACCCUCAACUGCUGCUUCGACCCUUUUGUCUAUUACUUCACCUCUGAGUCCUUCCAGAAGUCCUUCAGCCACGGGAUGGUACAGAUCAAGAUGGACAACACGUUCAGGAGCGAGGUUCCCCUCUCCAGCAAGGACAGUCUGCCGUCUAUUCAGGAGGAAGGGGUGGUAGUUGACAGGACAGCCGUCAAUGGCAGAAAACUAAUAUUAGAGUCACAUUUCUGAUCCCAAUUGUUAAGGAGGGGUGGUUAGAGCAGGGGACCCAGUCCACAGGAAAGAUUUAUUAAAAACAAGGCAGGAUGGACUUUUUGAGAAGCAAAUAGGCCUGGCCAAAACAAUGAGUGCAUUAAAAGGAACUUUCUUUGGGGAAGGGAGAAGGGGAUGAGCAAAGCCCUUUAACUGACUUUUUUUGUACAGAUCCAUGUGUGACAUGUGCAAGUGUUGAAUCACAAAUGCAGUUUCAGUUGUAUUGAAGACCACAGCAGAGUGGAAACUGCCAAGUAAUGUGUAUGUGUUGAAGAAUUGUGUGUUCAACAGAAAGCAACAGCAAUGCUGAAAUAACCUAACCCUAGGAUUACAUUUUGAUUAUGGCACUGCUAUACAUAUAGCGUCUUUUUAUAAAUUACUGUGUGCAUGUGUUAACUGCAUACAAUGACAUAAACAAAUUAUUUUUCAUCGCUGCUGUUAUUUGUUUUGCUAUUUGGUUCAUUUUAAGCUGUUCUGAUGAUGGUAUUGCCAUUAUUAAAAUGUAAUCCUUGACAAUCUUUUUCCUAAAUAGCUUUAUAAGUCUUCAAAGGUCUCCUGCCUUCCAGCUUAGAGCUGUGUUUGAUGGCUACCAGCAGGGUACUAAGGUAAUCCCACUCAUGCAGCAGAUGUUAUCCUGCUAGUGUCUGAGCACAUGUGUGUUACUAUUAGAGGUGGUUUAGAAAGACCUUUUGUUUCUAUAUCUCUGUGCAAAGAUUGGGGGAUUUGACUAAUGUUUAAUGCUUUAGUAAAAUUUUAACUUCACUGGAACUAGCAUGUGAUUCUUAUAUAUUUGUACAGGUGAUUAUUACACAAGAAAUACACUUAAGGUGUCUUACUCAACAAUUAAAUAUCUAAUUGCAUAUAGAAGUUUAAUAUGGUCAAUUAACAGUGUGAGUGCUUUCCCUGUGUGUACAGUAUAACAGCACUAUGCUUUUAACAUGGCAUACCAUACAGUAAUAAGAAAUAUUUAAAAUGCAAGUACUUUUUUUAACACCCUGGGAAAUACAGACAAGCAUGACGUUAUUGUUCUCUGUGGCUUAAUAUGUGACUAAGGCUGUUUCCAUGGCAACUGCUAUGGAGGGAGGGAACACACAAACAAAAGCAGUGAAAGUUGAUUGGGGACAACCCCCCCUCCACACCAAGAUCAGUGUCUUGCAUAGAAUCUAGUUUCUCACUUGCUUACCACUGAAAGAAACUAUUUGCACAAGCAACAGACCUAACAGCAAAUGUGGGUUAUAUACAGUCUAUGUAUCUGCAUGUGUAAAGUGCAACAAAGUAUAUAUGUUGAUGAUGUGUCCCCAAGUUAAAACAGAAAAGUAUAUAAACUGCUUUUGUAUCUCAUGGCCAAAGUUUUAGACAAACCUUUCUCUAAACAAUCACUUAAGAUUCAGGAUGUAUUGAAGACAUUAAGGCUGCAUAUACUGUAGAGCUCUAAAUUUUGUGAAUGGAAUUCAUAAACGUGCAGAAGAUUAAAUAUUAAAAGAUGAGUGUUUUCCCAUUGUGGAUAUCCAUAUGCCCAGAAUAAAAGAGCACUUUUCUGUCAUUCUUUGUGACAGUAAAGAUCUGUGUUUCUGACUAUCAACAAACAGUACAUUCAUAACAAGCACUAUUUGGAAACCUAGCUGUGUCUUGUCAUGCCCAAUAACUCCUCGGUUUCCUUAACAACGCUGGUUUCUUUUUAUUAAACAGUUGCAAUUUUAUUCAUAUUAUAAAACUGCAGCUUUCUGAAUGUCAUAUUUCUGUGAUAAAGAAGUUAUAAAGGACAGACGCUGCUCGUUAGCCCUAUACAGCAGUAGAUAACACUGUGAGUGUGUUAAGUAAAUGAGCGGCUCGGAGAGAGAAUGUUUACGCUCACUCGGAUCACUGAUGCACUCUGAGCUGCUCAGGGGAAGCAGAACUGAGCAUGCCUUUCAGUGCAUUCUCUCACUGAGGUGCUCUGAGCAGCUCACUUACUUAACGCAUCCAGUGUAGUUUUUACAACUCAUUAUCUUGCUACGCUAUACAUAUUGCUGCAAUUUGCCAUAUACUUUAGCCUUGAUUUUCAAGCAAGUCUGUCCAAACAAAACUCAUCCUAGAAGCUUCUAUCAAGUGGUUUCGAUUCAGGGAAAAAUGCUAGUGAACUUCCUGGGAGGUUUUAUAAGAAACGCUUGUCCCUUGGAUCAGAUGUCCCACCGAUGAUCUGUCUAUUUUGUUUUGACAUUAAAUACUCCUGAUAUGCAUCAGGCUUAAGAACGCCAGAGCUAAAUUUCCAAUCCAUGCAAACUGGGAACAGGAAAUCCCUAACAAUUAGACUCUGUAUCUCAGUUGAGCUAUCCUAGCAUAUGCUCAAAUCAUUUGUGCUUUAUCGUUAUACGGAAAAAGCCUUUUCCCAAACUCGGGUUGUCGGUUUGUGAAAAUCUUUCCCUGCAUGAAAGCUACGGAUUAAGGUGGAAGUAAAGUGGACUUUAAUGGAGAGGUGCUGAGAAAUGUGCUCAGAAGAAUGUUUAUUCCAGUUAUUCCAAACCAAUCUUCCCUAUCUCUACCUGCUGAGUAAUUGUCCACUUGCUUUAUAGAAUAUUAUUUAUUGCAUUAACGAGUUAUGGGUGAUAAACUUGAUAAUCGAUGUUAGUUCAUUUUAAUCGUGCAACUAAUUAACGUGUGUUUACUUUCACGGCUGGAAGCAUGCUUCAGUGCUUUAGAUUGUUUGCAGACCCCACUGCAGCCAAGAACUCUUAAUGUUUUCAAGUAGGUGAAUCAGCCAUUGUCUUGCACUGAAAGAAGAGUUUUAUCUUGCUAAUUGGGUCAUGCUGGUGGCACUGGUUUAAUUCUUAAAGAUAAGUUGGUAUGAGGGAUUUGGCAAGCAUUAUUCAUUGGGCAGUGGAUUUUAAUUACCAAGUUCCUCUGCCAAGCUGCCAGAAGGACUAUGAAGGUUCUGCUGGAGUUAAGCACCUCCUAGCUUCUGUGUAAAAAAAUCCUGAGAGGCCAAGUUUCAACUUCACUGGGAUCCUCUUCAAUUUUCUUUAAGGCUUAUUCCCUGUAUUUUUAAAAAGACACGUUCACUGCCCAUUUCUGACCACUUUAGUUUUCAUUUUUACUACAGCACUAUGUUGUUCUGCACCUGAAAUAUUUGAACCCCUCCAUGAUUUCCAGUUACAACUGUACUUAACACAUGCUGUGCCAUCCUUCUUUACUGAUAUUGCUGGAAGAUGUAAGCUUGUUGGCCACCACACUACUAGCAUUGCAUAGAGCAGCAAUAACUCUGGUCUGUUCAUUUAGCAGCACAGUUUGGGAUUUAGGAGGUUCAUAAGAACCUUUCCAUAAAAAUAGAAGUCAAACUGUUCCAUCAAAACAUUCCUAACUAACUCAAGUUAUGCGUGAAUAUCAGAUAAUUGUAGUAUGUAUUUAUUUUACAAUUCACAAGUUUAAUUUGGAGUCUUAAGUCAAAAAUGUACAAACUGGAAAGAAAACCUUCGAAAGUAAGCCUGUUGCCCUUUUCUGCUUGAUCUUUGUGUGGCUCAGACUGAAGUUGGUGAGACUGGCAUGUUGUGUGGGAUUUUCAUUGGCUUAUUGAUUUGUUUGUUUAUUUUUCAAAUUGUGGAGCUGCAGCCUGGCUGAGUUGCUGGCUCUGUCUCGGUGUCCAGACCUCUGGCUCCUGCCAACUACAGCAAACCUCUACAAACACUCCUGUGUGUGACUGGAUAGUGUCCAGGGUGCAGACACACAGCCCAACUGUACUGUGGGUAUAAUGACAGCUUCAGUCUGUUAGUGCAGAAAGGGCAUGUUCUCAGCACUCUCUGUGUCUGUGCCUACGGACCUACUGGCCAGAUGGGAAGGGAAAGCCUUUUGUUUACAUAUCAGUAUCUUUUCAAAUAUUAUUACAACACGUUUUGGUGAUAGAUACUGAUCCUAUAAAAUAGCACAGUUUGAAAAUAAACAAAUGUUUUCUUUAGUUAUGUAGAAGUCAUGAAUAAAAUGAAAUUGAAGCCAAAGCUUCUGAUAUAGUCUGUAAUUAAGUUGUUGUUCUGGCUACAAUGUAAAAAAAUAUAUAUUAAAGAAAAGAAUUAAAGCAGCACAUGAGUCUUUUUUUUUAAUUAAUUAAAAGGAGAUUCAGAUUCACUCAAAGCCCCUUGCUACCGUAUGACAGCUUUCUGAAUGGGCAUACAGUACAAAUAGAAUAGUUUUUAAACAAAAUUGGGGGGAAAAAAAUCUAAACACUAUGGCAUUAGUAGAAACCUUUAAAUUAUAGUUUGAUUUGCGUUCCCCUUUUAUAUGAAAGUGCUAGUGGAAUGGCAUUAUAGGGCCUUUUAACUGAUAAGGUUCCACCUUCCCUGCACUGAAGUGUGCCUCCGAACAGCCUCAAUUAUCUCAAAUCAAUCACAGAGGCAACUGAAACUGAGUAACGAAGCUCAGAAACACAGCACUGCCAGUUCGAUGUGACAGCAGAUAACAGUGCUCUCAGCUGCAGUCCUCUCCUACCCCCCUGAACCCCAGUGAAUGGGUUCCAUUUAUUCUGUAAUUCAAUAGCCAUUUUUUUUAUAGAGAUCAGAUGGUGACUGAUAGACACAUCUGGCACUUGCGUUUCUGGGUCAGGCUGAUAUAGUUGAGGGGCUCUGUGGAAGUGAAAUAAAUACACAGCUGACAAAGACCGGAGAGACUUGGAAUAUCUCUAAUACAGCGUGGCACCAUGCAAGUGUAGGGGAGGGGGAUGUAUUAGAAAGAAUUGCAGGAAAAGCCAGGGUAAUCUUCACAGCUGUUCCAGUUAGACAGUAGGUAGUUGUUACUGACCUGCUGAAGACUGUAAAGUCAGGAUGUAUAUUUUGCCAUUUGCAUUCUACAGGAUGUCCGUGUUUUUUUCUUUUUUUUAAAAUUUGAUUUAAGUGCCUGUUGUACACAUUUUCUUUCUGUCAAUUAACCCCAACAUCGAUUUGUAUAAUAGAAAUGAUUGAUUCCUCCCCUGAAAAAGGCUGUGGGAUCAAUGAUGGCUCCUGGAGUAUCUACAGACAAGCUGAACACGCCUACAGCACUUCUUUGCAUAAAAUGAUCACUCUUGCCUCAUUCUCCUGGAUUAUCUUCUGCUUUAAUAUUUAUGUAACCUAAUCUUUUCCAUUGUUCAUGUAUACGUCUGUGUUGAGAAGUUUGCCCAGAGUUCAGGAGCUGCUGGUCAGUUCUAAUUUCCUGCCAUAGA